AAAAAUUAAAAACAAAAUGCUGCUACUGCGACGUUGCCACAAACUAAAGCUGCGUCCUUGGAUUCGUCUCUGCUCCGCGGAGUUAAUACACAAGGAUGGCUUCAUUGAGAAACUGCGCCACAGCUUCGAUGAGGAUGAGCGCAGCAAUCUGGUGGUGCCCACGUUCAAGAAGGCCAUGCUCUAUCCCGAUGAGAUCGCCGUGAAGGACAUCACCGGGGAGUACACCUACUUCCAGCUGUACUUGGCCGCCAAGCGUCUGGCCAUCCAGAUCUCAAAUAUAUGCGGUAGUGCCUCAUUAUCGAAUGUCACAUACCUGUGCUCGAACAACGCCCUGUGGGUGGCCAUCCAGUGGAGCUGCUGGAUCUCCGGCCAGGUGGCCGUGCCCCUGGAAUCGUGCCAGGCGAUAGAUCAACUGCGUCGCCAGGCGUCGAGCUGCAAAACGAAGCUACUGAUAGCGACUCCAGAGUUUGAGCCACUGGCUCAGGAACUCUCGCAGGGAUUGCAAUCGGCGACCAUCAUAUUGGAUCAUGCCUUUGUCCCGACGGCGGAGAGUGUGUCCUCCACCUCGAUGUAUGCCAAGCAACUGGUUGGAACCCAAGGCGUGAUCCUUACGGAGAGCACCCUGCCCAGCGAUUUCUAUGCCAAGGCGCCGGCCAUGCUGAUCUACACGCCCAAUGCGGUGAACAAUCCCAAGCCGGUGCUGUUAAGCCAUCGCAAUAUCGAUGCCCAGGUUCGCUGCCUCAUCGCCAGUUGGCGUCUGAGUCCAGCGGACUGUAUGCUACCGAUUCUCUCCAUGAAUCGCAUGCACGCGGCCCUGGGUGCCGUCUUGAAUGUCGGCGGCAAUGUGAUAUUGCAGCAAAAGUUCGACGGGCACAACGCGUGGAGUGCCCUGCUCGGCAUCAAUAGUCCAUCGAAGCAGAGGGUCACCCUCUUUCUGGCCAUGCCCAUUGUGUACAAGCGGCUGAUUGCCGAGUACGAGAAGAUGUUCGCCAAGGACUCGCGGAUGGUGGAGUACAUUGUGAAUCAUUGCCGGCAGAAGAUCCGCCUGAUGGCCACCGCCUUUGCGCUGCUGCCCGAUUCAGUUUUCUACCGAUGGCGCGAGAUCACGGGUCAGAAUAUCUACGAGUACUACGGGAUGAUGGAGACGGGUUUGGUUCUGGGCCAUCCGCUGGAUGAAGCUCAUAAUUCUACCGCCCGUAAUGAUUAUCGUCCUGGCACUUUGGGUGCCCCCUUAAAAGGAGUAACAGCCCGUUUGAUCAGCAACAAGGGCGCCGAAUUGAUAACCUGCAAGAACGAAAUGGGCGGCACUGUGGAUCAUGGCCUCAUCCAGGUGGAGGAUAUCGGCGGCGAUAUGUCCUUGGCCCAGACGGUGAUUGGUGAGCUUCAGAUAGCCGGCUCGCAUCUGGUAUGCAAUUCGUCGUCGGCCAGCAAUAGUCGGCAAAUGGAAAGGGCAAUGGAAACCACGGAAUCGGAGGAGGAGGCGGUCUUCUUCAAGACCGGCGACAUUUGCGCCUAUCAGAAUGGCCACUUUUACUUCCUCAGCAAGACGAGCGAUGUCUUCACCGUCGGCGGCUACAAGGUUUACGGUUCCGAGAUCAAAAAGGUCCUCAUCUCGCAUCCGAACAUCAACGAUGUGGCUGUGCUAGGGAUUCCGAAUAAGUUGUGGGGCCAUCGGCUGGGCGUCAUUUGCAUUGUAUCGCCGGAUGCGAAUAUUGACUUGGACGCCAUCAAGACGUACUGCUAUCGUCACCUGCCGGCCCACAAGUGCCCCACCGUCUUCAAGACCCUCGUCUCCAAAUAGAAAAUAGAGAAUAUUAUAUGAAAAUGUCAUAAAUCUCGCCACCCAAGCUAAAAAUUCAUGUGAUCUUUCGUGAUGUUAACCAAAAGCAACCUUUCUUUGUCAUAAUGCGAAUAAUAAUAUAAUUUUAAAUAUUUUCAAUUCAAA